AUUUUUUUCUUUGUUUCUUGCGUCGAAGAGCGAGAAAAGUUUAACUUAUAGUGUUACACACAAACACAAAGAUAGAGAAAAAUGGCGACUUCGCUAGAGGACGUACCUUCUGUUGAUAUUAUGACUGAACUCCUCCGCCGCUUCCAGUGUUCUUCCAAGACUGACAAGCGUCUUGUUUUCAUUGGUCCACCUGGCUCAGGAAAGGGUACACAGUCACCAAUUAUCAAAGAUGACUACUGUUUGUGUCACUUAGCCACUGGUGACAUGCUUAGAGCUGCUGUUGCUGCUAAGACUCCUCUUGGAAUUAAGGCUAAAGAAGCUAUGGAUAAGGGUGAACUUGUAUCUGAUGAUUUGGUUGUUGGAAUAAUUGAUGAAGCAAUGAAGAAACCAUCUUGUCAAAAAGGUUUCGUUUUGGAUGGCUUUCCAAGGACAGUUGUUCAAGCACAAAGGCUUGAUGAGAUGCUCGAGAAGCAGGGAACUAAAGUUGAUAAGGUACUCGAUUUUGCUAUUGAUGAUUCCAUAUUGGAGGAAAGGAUUACUGGUCGUUGGAUACAUCCUUCUAGUGGUCGGACGUACCACACUAAAUUUGCUCCACCCAAAGUUCCUGGUGUUGAUGAUGUUACUGGAGAGCCUUUGAUUCAACGAAAAGAUGACACUCCAGCAGUUCUGAAGUCAAGGCUGGAAGCAUUUCACAAGCAAACUGAACCAGUUAUUGAUUAUUACGCAAAGAAGGGUGUUCUUGCUCAGCUUCAUGCAGAGAAACCCCCAAAAGAAGUGACUGCUGAGGUUCAGAAGGUUCUCUCUUCAUAAGAAUUGCCCCGCGCAUCUUCAUAGUGUAGCUUGUAGUUUGUCCGAUACAAUUGUUGGAUCGGCUAAACCCUCGUUUUAUUCGUCCCUGUUCCAUCCAAGAUCACUGAAGGCUUGGACCAUUUUGUUGUAGUCAACCAAUAAUUUUUAUUUUUUAUUUUCUGAAAUAUGCAACUUUGCAAGAACACCGGUAACUUGUUUCUCUAGUCAAUCACUCUGGCUUUUCUCAA